GAGUCUUCACCUACCUACUUGGCGAGCCCCUUUCUCUGCGCUAAUCCCCACACCGCCCGGACCUCCUCCUCGCGCGCCACACCCACACCCCCUCGCUAAACCCUAACCCCUUCACGGCGGCUGAGUCGAGCGAGGACAAAGUUCAAGAAGGCGAGAACACGAUGCCGGGCGCGAGCGGGAAGCGGUCCGCGUCAGAGGAGAAGACCCUGCUGUCGGAGCCGGAGCUCAUGUCUGAGGAGGAGGCGCUGCUGGCGGAUCGGGAGCUCACGUCCGAGGAGGAGGCGCUGCUGGUGGGUCGGCAGCUCAUGUCUGAGGAGAAGCCGCUGCAGGCUGAUCCAGAGCUCAUGUUUGAGGUGGACAAGGCACGGCAAGUUGAUCUGGAUGUCAACCUGGGAAGGGUGUUCACCGCGUUGAUGCCAUUGCUUAGAAAUAUAAUGCCGCAGCCCACAUUGAGGGAGAUGACACUGCUGACAGAGCCAGAGCCAGAGCCAGAGCCAGCUCUGCAAUUGGAGGAGGUGCUGCUACCAGAGCUGGAGCUCACAUUGCAAGAUGAUGCUCUGCACAUGGAGCCGGUAACAGAUACAAAGCUCACCUUGGAGGAGAAUGCGCAGCAGAUGAGGCUGGUAGCCGAGACUGAAACAGAGUCAGAUACAGAGUCAGACAUAGCGCUCACCUUGGAGGAGAAUGCGCAGCAGAUGAAGCUCGUAACCGACACAGAGACAGAGACAGGGACAGGGACAGGGACAGAGACGGAGUCAGAGUCAGAGUCAGAGCUUGCAUUAGAGGAAAUGUUGAUGAUGAUUGAGCCAGACCCGGAGAUGACAGAGGAGGAGAAGGCGCUGCGGGCUCUUCAUAUUGUUUGCUGCAAAGAGUUCACCGAAUAUGACCCUAGAAAGAAUGCUUUUGUCUGUACCCGCUUCAACAGCUUUAACAUUGCCUUCUUUGACCUGAAUGAAGAGUCUGCGGCUAUCCUUGGGCCGCCACUUAAAGAUCUACCCUAUUCUCAGUGGGAGCCGACCGAGGAAUCAUCGGUUAAUGUUAUCUCCCUGAAGAUAAAUGAAUCUGAUGUGCCCUACCCAAUCAACAUAUUUGGUACCGUUCUUGCGAGGGACGAGGUCGACUACAAAUGUGUCUAUCUGUUCAGGCGGGAAAGGGAUGAUUCCCAGUGCAUCAAUUCUGAGAAGGACAUGUUAACUCUGACAGGCCCAUCUCGAGGAUUUGUCGUAUCAGAUACAAUAUUUUUUGAGAUCAAUCUUAAAAUCAAGGGUGAUAACAUCACAGGUGACAGAGAUUUUAGCAAAGGUGUAAUAGAACACUAUCUUGUCCCCUUUGAAAGUCAACCCGCGACCUCGCUGCUACAUAGUUGGCUGAGUACCGUAGACAUAUCCUGUGGCAGUUACUCUUGACGUCAAGAUCUUGAAUGGACAGCUUGAUCUCCCUUUCAAGGGAAAAAUAUCUGCUGGGACUACUGAAAAUACUCACAACCAUAUCAUUCUCUAUGAAUAUGAUGACAGUAAAGCAACCGGCACUCACGGACUUAUUGGAGAUGGUCACUUGGUUGUGUUAACUCGUAAGUUGGUAGCUGUUCCGAGGCUGAACUUCGUGCUCAAUGAAGAACCAGAAAGUAUGAUCUAUGUUUGCUUUUGUGACAAGGAUGAUGAAGAUAAGCAGACCUUGGUGAUGCUACAAUACCCUUAUGAGGAGAUGGUUUGCUGUCAUGGUUCCUACAAAAUGCAUUUGAAGGUUGUUUGGAGGCCUAUCUUAACAAGCCCACUGCGCGACGAUUUUGAGAAAAGAUGGCGGUCUGUGCCCAUGAGAUCGUUUAUGAUUCCUUAGGACGAACAUGCCUUUAUGAAAGAUGGUCAUUAGCUCUUUAUUUUUCUGUUUGUUUUCCUUGUAGAACUUGAUCUGUGAGGGCAUGCCAGCCUCUCCUUGGAUACCUGUAACAGUUGCUAUUGUUAUCAUUACUCGCUUGGUCCUUAAACAGUUUAUGUUUUUAUCA